GUAUCUAAGGUUUUUUAUUAAUAUGCGGCAAUCGAUAACUACAGUGCGUAACUUACUCUUUUCAGUAGCCACUGCUAUUGUUUUAAUGCCGGGAAAUGGACUCUGAACUAAUAUUGCAGACUGAACAAUUGGGGGCUGAGGGUAUUGUACGCUACAAACUUUCAGACCCACAGUAUAUUGAAAAUGGUUGGACUAUACUACCGGUAGAAAAAGUAGUUCGCAAAGUCAAUAUAUACCGUAUGCAACCAGUAAACCCUGAGUUCGACUGGUUCGAACGUAAUAAGAAUAAAGGCGUUAUGAAGUAUGAUACUGGAGAAAGAUUGGCGGAAUUUGAUGAAAACGGUCGCGGACGCUGGUACUACCGCAACGGCCGCUUGGCACUGGACUAUUAUGACGCUAAGGAAAAUAACACGCAACAACGAUUCAUAAUUUACAGCAACGGAGAGCCGGACGAAAAAGGUCGUUCACAUCCUAUAACCGUUUUAGGAUUGUUCGAUUUUCUUGGAAAUGGCGUUAUACUUGACCACAGCGGUAAAGUGCGGCAAAAUCGCCUCAUUUGCGAUGAAUGCCAGAAGUCGACAAAAGAAGUUCAAAAGGUGGCAGAAAUAAAAAGCACAGACCUAUUGAUCUACAGUCACAAACCGAAUACGAAGACUAGCAAGGCUGAUACAACGGGGAAUGCAGGUGACAACGAUGCCCACAAAAUGUUUGUUGCAGAAAGCACUAAUAAUACAAAGAUGAGGGCUGCUGACAUUGCACUAGCUAUGGAUCAACAUAAAGUGAGCUGUCCGCGUUGUCGAUACAUAAUGUAUCGUGCACAAAAAUCACUGCGACAAAUCCCAAUUGUAGAGGGAAUUCUUCCGAAGAAUAUCUGCGAACACUGUCAAGCGCAAAUAAAUGAUCGCCUGCUGAUAAAAGAGCAGUUCAUUUACUCUAAGCUAAAAUCAGGCGGUAUAUUAAUAUGGCGAAGAAAAGCUAAAGAGCUACUAAAAGAUAGUAAGAUAACGAAAUUUAAACAUAAGGAUCUAUAUUUAUCCAUCAAAAGACGAGAGAGACGACCAAUAAUCACGGCAACAGACCCGAGGAUAAGACCAUUAAUAACAUCAUUAAAAUUAGACGAGGAAUCUUUAAGCGGUGUUGAAUCGCCAAUAAAAAAAGUCUCCUUUAAGGAAACUGUGGAAGUUAUUUCGAAAUCUCCACUCAAUACGGAUCUAGGCAAAAAUUUUCUUCCACAAAGUUUCCAUUAUAAGUUUCCGAAACUUCUUAAAAAGAGUUUGAGUGAAGAAAUAAUACGAGACAGGAUCCGAAGCUCUACAGAAUUAUUUAAGGACAUUCAAGCGCGAUUGCACAUGCAGGCUGAAGAAAAGAAGAAAAAAAGUUAUGAUGUUUACGAGUCUGAGGAUUCACGUAAGAGUGGAAGAAGUAAAAAAUCUGAAGAACAUAUAGAUCGGAAAAAGCGAGAAAAAGGAUCACAAGAUAUUGAACAGACAGCAGAAAGAAAAGCUCAGCUAUUUGAAAAAGAUAGCAUACAAGGGACGGAAGACAAGCACGAACAAGGAAAACCAGAUAAAGAAAAAGUAUUGCCAACUAUAAAAAAAGGAUUGCAAGAAUCUGGAAAACAAAAAGAAGAAAAGCCUGAUAAAGCGAAAGACGGGAAACCUGAAAAAGAAAAAGAAGGAAAAUCUGACAAAGAAAAAGAGUUAUCGGCGCCUAGAAAAGGAAAGGAUGAAAAAUCUGAUAAAAAAAAAUCAUUGCCAGCCCCUGGAAAAGGAUUACCAACACCUGAAAAAGAAAAAGAAAUGAAACCUGGAAAAGAAAAAGCAUUACUUGCACCUGGAAAAAAAGAAGCUAAAUCUGAUAUAGAGAAUGUCUUGUCAGUAUCUAGAAAACCAAGAGAAGAAAAGCCUGUUGGAAAAGGAUUAAAAACACUUGAAAAAGAAAAAGAAGAAAAAUCUGAUACAGAAAAAACAUUACCCAAAUCUCGAAAAGGGGCUGGCAAAAAAGAGGAUAAAAUUGAAAAAGAAAUAGCAACUGGAAAAGAAAAGGAAGAGAAAUCUGAAAAAGACGAUGUAUUGCCAGUACUUAGAAAACCAAAAGAAGAAAAGCUUGGCGAUGCAAAAGACGGAAAAUCGUAUAAAGAAGAAGCUUUACCAGCCUCUGCAAAAGGAUUACAUCCAUCUGAGAAAGAAAAAGAAAUGAAACUUGUCAAAGAAAAAGCAUUACCUGAAGGUAAAAUUGAUAAAGAAAAAGCAGUUGGAAAAGAAAAGGACGAGAAAACUGAAGAACAAAUAUUACCAGUAGCCAGAAGACCAAAGGAUGAAAAGCUUGAUGUCACGAAAUACGAAAAACUGUUAAAAGAGGAACUUUUACCAGACUCUGAAAAAGCACCACUCGCAUCUGCAAAAAAAGAUAAAUUAGAAAGCCAAAUUGAUAACGAAAUGGAUAAAAGAAAAGGGAAAACACGGAAGAAAACACCAAGAGGCAAAGGUGCUGAAGAAGAUAAAGAAACUGUAAAGCAAACAGAAUUGGUAGAUAAUGAAAUGUUAGAAAAGAAAGAGUCUAAACCAAAAGAUUUGUGGUGA